AUGGCGGCUAAGUCUGAUGGAGCAGCGGUGGCUGUGGAAGAUGACAACCCGCCCAGGAGUCUCUCGGAGCCGGGCCACGCCGCCGCCACCACCGCCGCCGCUGCCACCGCCGCCUCCACCCCUGCCGCCGCUGCCGCCGCCGCGGGCCCCCGGCGCGGCCCCUUGGGCGGAGAGGCGUACACGCUGCUGGACUGCUGCUGGGUGCUGUGCGCCCUGCUCGUCUUCUUCUCCGACGGCGCCACCGACCUGUGGCUGGCCGCCGACUACUACCUGCGCGACGACUACUGGUGGUUCGGCCUGACGCUCGUCUUCGUCGUGGUGCCCUCCGCCGUGGUGCAGGUGCUCAGCUUCCGGUGGUUCGUCUACGACUACGCGGAGCUCAGCGGCGCGGCGGCGGCGGCGGCGGCGACCUGCGACGCCGCUUCGGGCACCAAGGACAGCGAGCAGCAGCGGGACGGGGGCGCGGCGGCGGCGGCGGCGGCGGCGGGGAACGCCGCCAACGCCACCGCCGCUCCCGCGCCCUCCUGCGCGGAGAGAGGCGGGCGACCCCGGAGAUGCUGCACGGUGUGCAUGUGGAUCUUCCAGUCCGUCCUGCACGUCUUGCAGCUGGGACAAGUGUGGAGGUACAUCCACGCCCUUUACUUGGGCGCCCAGAGUCGUUGGCACGGCGACGACUCCCGCCACCGAUUCCACUGGCGGCUGAUGUUCGAGAGCGCAGACAUCACCAUGCUCCGCCUCCUGGAAGCUUUCCUCAAGUCGGCGCCACAGCUGGUCCUCCAGCUCAGCAUCAUGAUCCACGGGAACGCCGUACUGCCGCUGCAAGGUCUGUCGGCCUCGGCCUCUCUGGUGUCGCUGGCCUGGAUGAUCGCGUCCUACCAGAAGGUUCUGAGGGACUCGCGUGAUGACAAGCUGCCCAUGUCCUACAAGGCUGUCAUUGCCCAGAUCCUGUGGCACCUGUUCACCAUAGGGGCCAGGACCGUGGCCUUCGCCCUCUUCGCCUCAGUCUUCCAGCUCUACUUUGGAAUCUUCAUCGUCAGUCACUGGUGUAUAAUGACCUUCUGGAUCAUCCAAGGCGAGACAGACUUCUGCAUGUCCAAGUGGGAGGAAAUAAUCUACAACAUGGUGGUGGGUAUCAUCUACAUCUUCUGCUGGUUCAACGUCAAGGAAGGGCCUAGCCGCCUCCGCAUGACCGUCUACUACGCCGUGACGCUGGCCGAGAACGUGGCGUUGACGGCCGCCUGGUACACGUACCGCGGCCCGCAUACCUCCGACUCCUACGCCCUGGUGGUGGUGUGCCUAGUGGCCUGCAGCUUCGCCCUGGGGACGUUCUUCAUGCUGGUCUACUACUGCUGGCUGCACCCAGACGGGCCAGUCCUGGGCACAAACUGGGCAGGGUGUGUAGAUGAGGGCAUGGUGGGCGCAGGCGGGGUGGCGGGUGUCAUCGAUGCCUGCCUCACCCCAUCUCAAGGCUCGCAAACAGAUAUGGUGAUCACCAGUCCUCCCAGGACUCUCCCCAGGACUAAAGACACGGGGGACAUGGUUCCAGGGGAGCAGGAAAGGGACAGGGAGAGGGAUCGGGACAGUUGCCUGCCAGUCUUUCAGGUGCGUCCGUCUCCUUCAUCCUCUCCGGCACUCCUUCACAGGACCUCCUCCUCACAAGAGGGACCUGUGAUCCGGAUUGACCUUCCGAGGAAGCGAUAUCCGGCCUGGGAUGCCCACUUUAUCGACCGGCGUCUCCGCAAGACCAUUCUCCUUCUGGAGACCACAUCGGCGGUCAGUCCCAGGAUACAGUACAGGAGUAGCAUGAUGGGCAGUAAGGAGGUGCUUGAGUACGAGACUACGGUUUAAGAUUUUCAGUUUGGAAACAAAGUCUGGGAUCAAGGCUCAGCCUUAGACCGUGUGCACUCCCUACGCCAGGAGACAGGGAACAGUUUUUUUCCACCAAAAAAUGGCCGUCAAACUCGAUUGUAUAAUGUGAAGCGCAAUCUGUGGCCGGGAUCGACCCGUCUCGAGAUGAAAGGGCAUCACUGAGCCGACGAGGGAGUCGGAUAAUCUUGGUCGGAUUGAAAUGUUGGUCGGUGAGAAACUUAAUCUCUCAUCGUGGGACCGACAAGACUGUCAGGAAGAGAUUAACGAGAUGCUUCAUGAACAUGAGCCUCGGAACCGUGGAGACCACCCUUGAAGCGAAAGACUCUUAAGGCCGUUUUGACGGGACAUGCAAUUAUUGUGGCGCUGACUGAAACAAUAGCCUCUUUCACACGGUACAUUUAUCGCCUUUGCCUUUUACACGCGACAUAACAUCCGCCAAUCGGAAAAUUAAUACGACGAACCCCCGGGACAGCAACGGUUGCUUUCACCGCAAAAGGGUGGGAGAAGAUUCCCUUUCAAACAGGCGGCGUCCCGCUCUGAUAGGCCAAAUAUCCGAGGUAGGACUUCAUUUGCGCCACUCAUUCCGUGUUAGCGUGGUUCAUACAGAGCAGCCACCUGGAAAGAAGGUGGGAAAAUGCCGGAUUUAACAGGCAGUGUCAAAGAUUCUAGAGUUUAAGUUUUGGUGAAAAUUGGGCUUCGGUCUUGGUAUCCUAUUUACCCGAAUAUAAGACGACCACUCUUUCUCGAAAUACCAUUUAAGUCAAGCGGUAGAUUGUAGUAAUAUGACCUUUUUUAUUGGCUGAUGGGCAGUUAUUGACGACUUUGUUGAUCGGCAGUACAGUGGAAUCUUGAUUUACAAACUUAAUAGGUUCUUGAACA